CUUCACGACCCAUCUGGUUAGACGGAUAUCCUCUUCUGUUGAUAAACGGUGUUCCAUUCCCUUUUGCUGUUGCAGCGGAUCUUUAAGCGGGACGCUCAGGUUCGCUGGCGAAUAAACCGCAGUGCGUUGGCGAAUGCCAUUGUCCGAAGGCAUGCUGCUCUUGAUGCUUGGAGGCCAGCACUCAUAUGCCAGUGUCCUGCUGCACAUGCUGUGACGUGUGAGGAACCGGUCAAGUGCGGCUUCCGUAUAUCCAGUCCGUGUAUAAAUGCUCGUUCGGUCGUCCCUCGAACGCACGUCUUGCAUUAUCUCAACUCUUUAGCGCGUCCGCUCCUCAGCACUAUGUCAACCUGCUGUUUCAAUGAUAACUCCGUACCUGCUUAUGCGUUAGUUUGCAUGAGACGUCUCAAUCUCUUAUCUGCGUCCGGAUAUGCCGGCACCGUCCUCGUUGCCCCACGCACGGAGUGUCACAGCUGUUGCUGCUCCCCGGCUCUUUCGGAUACCUGUGCAAACUCCCAUUGCAUGGCAUGCACGAAAGUCGACAGUCUCGGAUUAUACACUGAUACGUUACGACGACCGUGUUCCGAUCAUUGUCCGUGGCUCGUCCUUCCACAGCCUCCAGCAGCAGAGGGUCCCGCGUUGCAGAACGCAUGGUAUCCAGUGGAGGACAUGUACAGCCCUCUGACCGAUUGCUGCUGCCUGUCUCCGCUUGCGCUCGACGACACAGCGCUGACAAAAGACGAUCUCGCUACGAUAGGAUCUCCGUUUGUGAUCCCCGGCGCGAUUACGGGAUCGCAAAUCGAUGCGUACGCCUCAAAUGAGAUCCAUGAUUGCCGACGCGCCAACGAACCGUGUGCUGAUCCUACAUUACCAAGGUGAUUGGUAUCACUUCUGCCUCCAGCUAUGUGCUGAUCCCAAUGAAGUGCAUCCGAGUUUGCACAAUUGACUGCUAGAUUUGCGGCAAUUUCGCUAGAUGAUCAGCCGCCCGUGUACAAAUAUCACAUGAA